AAGUUAGGAAAAAUUUGGGUAAUUGUAAUAACUAAUGCUUUCAAGAUAGAAAUAAAUGAACCAGAUGUUCAAGUAGUUAUUCAUGUAGAAUUUCCAAUAUCUAUGAGCAAUAAUUCAGUAUUAAGUGAAGAAGAACCUGAAGCUUUGAAUUAUAUCAAUUUAUCUGAUGUAAAAAAUAAAUAA